AUGUCUUUUUAUUCUUCCUCUUGCUAUUCAUAUAUUCCUUUCUCUCCUCUUCUUUUUCUAAUGGCUUAUAUUAUUAUUAUUAUUAUUAUUAUUAUUCAUUUUCUCUUGUUUCCUUUUUCUUCCUUUUUCUUCUUUCCUUUUUCUUUCUUCUCGCUUCCUCUUUACCGCUUUUCUAAAAUGUAUUCUUUAUUCUUCCUUCAAUUCUCAUUUAUCUUCAUUCUUUUUUACGUUUGCCUUCCCUUUUUCUUUAAUCUUAAUACAUCUUGCUUAUUCACUAUAUUUUUCUCUUUUCUUCUCUUUCUUACGACCACCUUCACUUUUUGCUUCUUUUAUAUUAAUUUUUCUUCAUCAUUCGGUUCUUUUUCAGUAGCACACUUAUUUUUUUGUGUCUAUACUUAUUUUCAUUAUCUGUUUUUCUUCAUCUUCAAAAUUAUCAAAAUUCUCAUCUUUUUCUUUUUCCUCCUCUUUUUGUCUUCUUUCUUUCUGUUUCUUUUCUUCAUCUUUUUUCUUUUCCUCAUAUCCGUUUUUGUCACUCUUACCCCGCUCCCUCUGUUUCUUAGCUGUUCUUCAUAUUUCAUCAUUUUUUUGUGUUUGUUUUUGGUUUUUAUCACCGUCUGA